UCAGCCCGCCCAGGGAAGCGAUAAAAGGGGAGGAGCGCUUGCGUCAGUAUGAGUGUCCCGGUUCUCUGCCUUUUGUGCGUUCUGUGCUGCAUCCAGCGCUUCCAGCAUGUCCGGCCGCGGGAAACAGGGAGGCAAAGUCCGAGCUAAAGCUAAGUCGCGCUCGUCGCGGGCCGGGCUGCAGUUCCCCGUGGGCCGCGUGCACCGGCUUCUCCGAAAAGGUAACUACGCGGAGCGGGUGGGUGCCGGAGCUCCCGUCUACAUGGCGGCCGUGCUGGAGUACCUGACGGCCGAGAUCUUGGAGCUGGCGGGCAACGCGGCCCGCGACAACAAGAAGACGCGCAUCAUCCCCCGCCACCUGCAGCUCGCCAUCCGCAACGACGAGGAGCUCAACAAGCUGCUGGGCAAGGUGACCAUCGCGCAGGGCGGCGUGCUGCCCAACAUCCAGGCCGUGCUGCUGCCCAAGAAGACUGAGAGCCAUAAAGCUAAAAGCAAAUAAGUUGGCGAGCAAAGCUUCUCAGACUUUGCACGAUGUAACAUUUUAAACCAAAGGCUCUUUUCAGAGCCACCCACAUAAUCAGAAAAGAGUUGUGUUGCUUUCUUUACAAAGGCGUUCUGGUGCCGAGUCUUCAAUAGUACUAAGUUUAACUCGAACUUGUAUUAUAGUGCUUUAAAAUCUGGUUUAUACUGAAGAGGACUGAUGUAUUUGCUUACUGACCUGUGUUUUUAAAUGAGCCUUAGUGUUUUCAU